GUUUAAUUGAAGCACACGAUGUCCAUCCAUUUCACGAGGCAUCUCUGUCACUCUCACUUGAGUUGAGCCGGAGAAUGGCGUCAGAAGCGACGGUAUGCGGUGGCGUUUCCAUUGCGUCACUCUCGUUCCUCCGCUCUCUCAACCCGUUCCCGAGCCGCGUUUCGUUCCGUACCGUCGAACCUCCACGAGUCCGGUUCUUGCCGUUGGCUGCUGUUAAGAGAAACCCUAAACGUCUGAAAUAUUCUGCCCCUCGCUUCACCAAGGAGGAUGGCUUGCUUUACAUUGAAGUUGAUCCAUCAGGAGCAGAUAGUUGGAAAUUGGAUCCAGUUAUCCAAUGUCUCAAAGAGGGAGCUGUUGGGGUCAUUCCUACUGAUACUGUGUAUGCAAUAGCUUGUGAUCUGAAAAGCCACUUAGCCAUUGAGCGCCUGCGGAGAAUAAAAAGCAUAGAAACUUCCAAGCCUCUUAGCAUCUUAUGUCAUUCCUUCCAUGACAUCGAUACGUAUACAACCGGAUUCCCUCGUGGUAAUGGUCAGGGUGUUACAAACAUUUUUCGAGACGUUAAGCAUUGCUUGCCUGGGCCUUAUACUUUCAUCUUAACUGCAAGUAAAGAACUGCCAAAGCAGUGUACAAGAUAUGGCACUAAAGUUUCCAAAUACGUGUCAAGGAAAAGUGUUGGAGUCCGCAUGCCUGAUGAUGCUGUUUGUCAAGCAAUAUUGGAGAAGAUGGAUGCACCUUUGAUAUCUACAAGUGUAAAGUCGCCGAAGGAAAAUGAGUGGAUGAUAGAUCCUGUUGUAAUAGCCGAUAUAUAUGGACCAGAGGGUCUGGAUUUUGUCGUCGAUGCUGGUGUUAGAGUGGCUGAUCCAUCUACUGUAGUUGAUAUGACGGGGAGUUUUCCAAGAAUUAUUCGGCAAGGAAAGGGGCCUAGACAACAGUGGAUGAUAGCAGAAGAUGAAGAUUCUACUUUACAUGAUGAAGACCUCAUCCCUUAUGCUACUUAAAAGCGUAUCGUGAUCUUGGCAAAUCUUGUACAGGGUCAGCAUACAAGUUAAUAACCGAUAAACUUGAGUGUGAAUAGCUGGUUUUACUUGCUUUGAUGUAUCAUAUCCUGGCCUGAGAAAGUACCAUAACACGGUUAACACGCGCAUCAAAAAGUUGGAAGUAACUAGGAUUUGUGACUUGUAAAUGCUAGUUUGAUGCUUGGUUCAGAAAUGGAACAACAGUAGAAUUUAUUCUGAACAUGUUUGUAGAACGCAAAUUUGCAAGUGGCAUGUGAGAACAAUGUGGUCCAAUUAAAUUGUGACAGCAAAUUGGUCUAUUGUCCUUAAUAUGUAUUAAUCACUGGAUAACAAAUACUACAGUUUUCUUGUUUUUUCUAA